UGUGGGCGGGGCGUCGAGGCGUAGCAUGACGUUCCGUGAGGCCCCGCCCUCUGCGGAACUGGACAGACAUCCCGUCGCGCCCCGCGCCUUCCCACAGUACUCCGCGAUCGCCGCUAUGGAGGCCGGCAGGACUGCGGUGUUGCGCGUGAAGCGGAAGCGCAACGCGGAGCCCGCCGAGGCGCUCGUGCUGGCCUGUAAACGCCCCCGGAGCAGCGAGGUUGAGUCUGCGGCUCGGGAGACGCCAGAGGGCCAGGAGGCGGCAGCGGAGAGAAAUGUCUUCCAGUUGGUUGCUACCGUGCGAUCCCAGGAGGAGCCAAUCCAGCAGCUUGUGCGGGCUGCCUUGCGCCCGUCCCGGAGCAGUCAGCUGCGUAUCCGCCGCGAUCUUCGUGCCUCGGUGCGCGAGGUCCGUAAAGAGGGCCGCUACAGGGUGGUCUCCAGCCACCGAUCCUCGGGAACCUCUAACAGUUUGGAGCCUCAGUGUGGGUCAGAAGCUGUCGGGGAUGCGGGCUUCCAGUUGUUGGACCUGGUCCACGAGGAGGAAAACCUAGAGGCUGCUGCCACCGACUGCCGCAAAACAUCUGAUCCAGAUGUGAUCCUCUGCAAUUCUGUAGAGUUGAUCCGUGAGAGGCUGACUGUAUCCGAGGAUGGAUCCCAAGUAAACCACCAGGAGGACCCAAAGCACAAUGACGACUAUGUAUAUGACAUUUACUAUAUGGAGAUGGCCCCUCCAGGGUGGAUUGAGAACAUCAUGUCUGUGCAGCCCUACAGCCAGGAAUGGGAGCUGGUAAAUGAUGAUGAGCAGUCAGAAGAUAUUUAUGAAGAUGAAGAUGAUGAAAACAGUGAAAAUAACUGGCGGAAUGAGUACCCGGAUGAAGAAAGCAGUGAUAGAGAUGAAGAUUCCAGAGGCUCUGAUGAAUACAACAGCCUCAGCGAGGAGGAAAGAAGCUGCGGGCGACUGAUGUGGAGCAAAUACCCUUUGGAUGUACAAAAGGAGUUUGACUAUGACAGCCCCCAUGGUCUGGAUUCAGAUUGAUGGCUUGCUGGUAUUUGUGAGAUUCUUCCAUGGGCCUUUAAGGCUCUGACUACAGAGUCAUCAUCUUAGGAUUCCUAACUGAACAUGUGGAAAGAAAAGCCUUUACCCCAGCACAGUGUGGACUUCCUUGUAAGUGAUAAGUGACGCCAAGCACGCUGGGUCAUGUCUGUAAUUCCAGCAUUGGAGAGUUUGGGAGCCAAGAAGAGCACUGAGAAUACAAGGCCAGCCUUUAGACUAAACAGUAAGUUCUAGGCCAGCCUGGGCGUUCUAUUUUUUAAAAAGUGAUCUUACAAUCUGGAAAAUAAAAUGAUGUAAAACCUCCAUCCCUGGUGGUUUUUCUGUCAUUUUACUUAUAUGCUCAGGGCUAAAGAAGCUGGUGGGAGGAGGGAGUGCCUGCUCCCAGUGAAGCCUGUUCCCUUUGAUGGAGAUGAUCUCUGCAAGGACAACAAUGACUCCCCCGCCCUGACCUAUGGGCGGUCAUGUCUUUCCCCCAGCCCCCUUUAGACUCUGAUAAUGGUUAUAAAGACUGCUAUCACCUUUGGCAGUGGUACCAAGGAACAAUAUGUAUGAAUGUGAUGAUCUUUAAUAAAAACUUAACUUUUUACACAGAA